AGACAAUCAGCGCCAUUGCUUUUCUCAUAUUUUUUGGAUCAAUAGAGCUUCUAUACAUCUCUGCUUCCUUCGUCAAAAUCCCUGAAGGAGGCUGGAUCCCUCUUGUUCUCUCUAUGAUCUUCGUGAGCAUGAUGUAUGUAUGGAACUAUGGUACAUUGAAAAAACAUGAGUUUGCCUUAGAGAACAAGGUCUCAGUACAGAGGAUAUUGGAUUUAGGGCCUAACCUGGGGAUCGUUCGCGUUCCUGGUAUAGGGCUUGUUUAUGCUGAUUUGGUCACUGGCAUUCCAGCAGUCUUUGGUCACUUUGCAACGAACUUACCUGCUUUUCAUCAAGUCCUAGUUUUUUUGUGCAUUAAAUCUGUUCAGGUUCCUUAUAUCUCUGAAGAUGAAAGGUUUCUUGUGGGAAGAAUUGGGCCAAAAGAUUUCCACAUGUUUAGAUGCAUUGUGAGGUAUGGGUACAAAGAGCUUCAACAAGAUGAUCACGAUUUUGAGAGCAGAUUGGUGUCUAAAAUCAUAGCUUUUGUGGAGAUGGAAGAUUUGCUAAUACAAAAUCAUAGGCAAUCUUGUGAGUAUGGUGAUUGUAUUUAUAGUCCAGUUUUGGAUUCACGUAAUGUUCUAGUGAAACUUGAUAGCUUUGGUAUUGAAGAGGGCUUUCUUCAUAAGGAAGAGUCAUUAGAUAUUCUGAAAGCCAAGGAUUCCGGUGUCGUUUACAUAUUAGGACGAUCAAUUGCCAAAGCUAAGAAAUCAUCAUCCCUCAUCAAGAAAUUCGCGAUCAAUGUUAUUUAUGCUUUCCUCAGCAAGAAUUGUCGCGAGCCUGAUGUUCUCUUGAAGGUGCCUCAUUCUUUGUUCCUUGAAGUUGGAAUGGUUUACUAUGUUUAACCUAUAGAUGUUGCCACACUACUUUAAAGUGUACAGGGAGAAAUUGUUGUCUUCAUGGUAUCCUAAAUUACUGAUGCUGAUUCUAACUCGUAGAACUUUAGCAGUUUGUAUUUCAAACAUUGUAAACACACUGGUUCGUCACAGAAAGAAUGAGAUCAGUCUUUUUUUAUGUUUUCUUCGUGUUUGUUCGAUAUGUACAAAGGAAUACAUGUUCACAAGGUUUUUAUGUUC